AGAAAUCCACUUUCACUUUCUAUUUGGAAUAAUAUCUCGGAUAUAUAUUCAAAGAUUUCAUAUAAAUCGUUAAAGAUUUAAAGGUGGACAGAGUGUGCACGUCCCGGAUAGUUUACUACAUCAUAACCUAUCUUGGAAUCAGGGUGUUAUAUAUCUAUUAUAGGACCAACUGGAAAUCAAACAGUAAUACACAUUGGCAAUGGCGUCAAAAAGUCCAGGCAAAAUAGAACAUACAGAUCUCAUAGGGAAGUUAUACAGAUCAAAUCUUCAGAGUGACGAGCUACUAGAUAUAUUGGUGAAGGGGAUGAACGUUUUUAAUAAAUUAAUUGACAAUAAGAAAAUUUCAGACGAUUUUUUAUCCUUGCUUGUCCAUCUGAUUGCAAGGGCUUCUACUUGUACGAAACAGACUAAGAAACAGGAAGUUUUUCAGCUAUUGAAUAUGCUGUCUGAUUCAACCUUAAUCAAGAACCGAAGUAUUCCACUUCUUGUGGGAGUGACAUGCAAUAACACACGUGAUCAUGAUUUUCAUUGUUUACUUGGCGAUUAUUUAACUAUCCUUCAAGAACUAUACCACUGCAUGCCCCAUUUGUGCACAACUCCACAAGUUAUUGGACUUGUAGAUUUUUUGAAGGAACAAGUAAGCGAAUGUGAUGAUUACAAAGACAAAGAGACAAUGCUUGGCGGUGUUUUAGAAUUAAAGAAGGAUAUAAUGAAGAUUGGUGAAGAACGACCAAAGCCAAAAUAUUUGACAAAACAAGACGCUGAAGACAAAUUUGCUCCUCCGGAGGAUUUCCGAACUAUGUCAGUUAUUCCUGGCCAGAACGACGUAUUAAAUGCAGCAAAUUUCUUAAGACGAAACAAAGUUAAUGGGAAAUAUUUGAAUUUAGAUCAUUAUUUAGACGUACAGUUUAGGUUGUACAGAGAAGACUGUGUGUCACCUCUCCGAGAUGCUCUUAUGGAGUUCAAGCAGAAAGAUAAAGAGAGUCGGAGUGGAAUUUUUAGAUUAGAAACUGGUCUCGUCUAUAGGAACGUGCAAGUAACGAAACAAAACACUUCAAUAGAAUCUGGUGAAGUGUUUGAAAUACAACUAGACCCAGACCAUCGUAAACGCAUCAACUGGUUGAAAUCAAAGAGACUUAUUUAUGGUGCUUUAUUGCUUUUUUCAUUUGAUCGUUUCAAUACGAUUUUCUUCGCUAUUGUAGCUGAAAGUGAAAGAGAAACUUUACAAAAGACAGGCUGUUUUGCUGUACAAGUCUUUAAAGUUGGAACCAACAUAAAGCUGCCACGAAAUACGUAUGGUAUGAUGAUAGAGGCGACGUCAGCAUUUUUUGAAGCGUACAAGCAUGUGCUAAAAGCCUUGCAAUGCAUAAAGGAAGAAACUUUCACCUUCCAACGAUAUCUUGUUGAUUGUGAAAAAGAGGUUAAUAUACCAUCAUACAUAUCAAAAGAUUGUGUGUAUGAUCUUAGCCCUGUUAUUAGAAGUUGCCAUAUUGACAUAGAAAGCACACAUCAGUUAAACCGUAGAACCAAUAUUGCUAAACAGACACCAACAAAUAAUGUAAAAAUGUUUGAAGAAGACUGGCCUUCGACUGGGAUAUUGAGAAUGGACGAAUCUCAGAGGAAAGCGUUUAUUUCUGCACUUACAAAAGAGUUUGUGCUUAUCCAAGGUCCACCUGGGACUGGUAAGACGUACCUUGGAUUGCAAAUUGCUAAAACAUUACUGCAUAACAGUAACCGAUGGUUACAAGUGGAUUCUGAUUGUCAGGAGGAUGAAAAUUUACAGGAAAACGCUCGAGGUCCUGCAUCAUUACCGAAACCAUAUAUGUUAGUUGUUUGUUACACCAACCAUGCAUUAGAUCAAUUUGUAGAGGGAAUUGUUGAUUUUAUGCCAGAAUACUUUUGUGAUGUUCGUUUCCCCAGAGUAGUUAGAUUUGGACGUCAAUGUAAAAAUCCUAAACUUGAACAGCUUUCGAUACAAUACGUACGAAGAAAAGUUCGAAGGGAAUUUGAUGAUCCACGAGCUGGUGUACUUGAUAAAGCAAAAGCAGCUAAAAGAAAAAUCAAGGAGAUUAAAGACACAAUCGAUGUCUUACAAAGCAGAAAUAUUGUUCUGUGGUUUAAUGUUUUGAAAUGUGUUCUUUCCGAAAGUCAUGCAAAUCAAUUUGGAGAUAACACAAAUUUUGUUUGGUUGCAAUGGCUUCAUGUGUUAACGAAUUCCUGGUAUAAAGAAGUAGACAAAUACUACCAAAACCAACAAACUGACAAAGAAAACCACGAUCAGCUCAAUACUAUUGCGAUUGAACUUAACGAGGAGGAGUUUAUUACAGUGAUUUCUGAGGCAGAAUAUGCAAACAAUCAGCGGUACAUUGAUGUUGAUGAUGUUGGCCCUACACUUAGCCCUGACUCAAUAGGCAUCGAUCUGGACAAACAAUAUAAAAGUCUGUUUAAUUUUAAAAAGAAAAAAAAGCUUGAAGAUAAAUGUCAACAUAUUUUGGGUUUAGAAAAAGAGAAGGCAGCAAAAGAACUGCAUUAUGGUGAACACAUGUCAGAAGGUCAAGUCAAUGAAAUCCAAAAUAUCUGGACACUCUCCAUGAAGGAUCGAUGGCAAAUGUAUAGGUAUUGGUUAAGAAAAUACAUUAUGAUACUACAUGAACAAUUGCGAAACAGGGAAAGGGAAUAUAAUGAGAUAUUUGACAACUACAAACGUACUAGUAUGGAAGUAGACGAAUUUAUCAUGCAACAGGCCUCAGUUAUUGCUAUGACUACAACCAAUGCAGCAAGAUACAGUGAAUCCCUAAACAAAGUUGGACCUCUGAUCACCAUUAUUGAAGAAGCGGCAGAAGUACCAGAGGCUCACAUUGUGACUGCAAUCAGCUCAAGAUGUAAACAUUUGAUUUUGAUUGGGGACCAUAAGCAAUUGGAACCAAAACCAGCCGUGCAUGAGCUUGCCAUAAAAUUCAAUUUAUCUGUUUCUCUGUUUGAAAGAAUGGUGAAAAACGACCUGAGUUACCAUUGUCUACAACAACAGCAUCGAAUGAGACCAGAAAUUUCUGAAUUGGUACGCCAUAUAUAUGAUGUUCUUAUAGAUAACGAAAAUGUAUAUGAAUAUCCACCGAUUAAAGGUGUACGGAAGAGCUUAUUCUUCAUCACACAUAACCAAAAAGAGGUGUUCAAAGAUGAAGGGAGAAGUUAUUCAAAUGAACACGAAGCUGAAUACCUCAAAGAACUUUGUCUGUAUCUGAUAAAGCAGGGAUAUAAACCAUCGGAGAUAACGAUAAUUGCGGCAUACACUGGUCAGAUGUUUCGCUUAAAAGAAAAAAUGCCAAGAUCAAAAUUCGAAGGAGUAAACAUUUGUGUGCUUGACAAUUAUCAAGGCGAAGAAAAUGAAAUUAUUCUUUUAUCAUUAGUGCGUAGCAAUGCGAGAGGCGAUAUUGGAUUCUUAAAUCGGGAAAACAGAAUUUGCGUGGCUCUGUCGAGAGCAAAGCAGGGUCUUUUUAUAAUAGGAAACAGCUGUACGUUGACAACGAAGUCUAAACACUGGCAGACUAUAAUUAGAAAACUACAAAUUGGAGAGGACAUCAGCAAUGAAAACGAAGCUUUCCAUAAAUACAAAUCCUUUGGAAAAGCGUUACCUCUGUACUGUCAAAAUCACCCAUCCAACGAAGGAAUUCUAGCAGAGUCACCAAGUGACUUUAUGAAAGUGAAAGAUGGAGGUUGUGAUCUUCCAUGUGAAUUUCGGUUAGCAUGUGGACAUGCGUGUCGAUACGACUGUCAUCCACUUGACAGGGAACAUAAAACAUAUAAAUGCAACAAACAAUGUUCAGAGACAUGUGAAGAAGGGCAUAGCUGUCCUAAGAGAUGCCAUUUUGAUUCUGACUGUCAAUGCUGUGCAAUAACGACACGGGAGCUUAAAUGUCAGCACACGAUUAAUCUCAAGUGCCAUGUGGAUUAUUCUGAAUAUCCAUGCCCAACUAAAGUAACCCGAACGUUAUCAUGUGGACAUCCUGCUAUAAUGGAAUGCUGCGUCGAUCCAAGUACUGUUCUCUGUAAAUCCAUUGUUGAAAGAGAACUACAGUGUGGGCAUACAGCACAAAUAAAAUGUCAUGUUAAUCCAAAACGCCACAAAUGUGACACAGUCCUAACAGAGACGAGAUCAAACUGUGUACAUGAGUUUAAACGUCAAUGUCAUGAUACAAGUUUUGAAAGGCUGAAUCAUUGUAGAGUUCAGAUAAUCGAAAAACGAUCCUCCUGUGAUCAUUUGAUCGAACGGCAUUGUUUUGAUACAACGUAUGAAAUACGCGUUAAGUGCAGCGUUAUUGUAACAGUGAAUAGAGCAUCAUGUAGACACGAAUAUCAAAAGCAGUGUCAUGACCAAUUGUUUGAGAUGGUUCAUAGAUGCAAUGAUAUUGUUACUGAACAAUGGUUAUCGUGUGAACAUAACUACAGAAGACACUGUUACGAUUCCAACUACGUCCAGAAUAACACAUGCCAGGUAGUUAUUCCAGACAAAAGAGUCGAAUGCGGUCAUGAAUAUGAAAGGAAAUGUUCUGAUACGAAUUAUCACAAUGAACACAAAUGCAGUGCGAAAGUUGAAAAAGAAUUCCCAUUUUGUGGCCACAAAAUAAAGCUCCUGUGCCAUCAGGAUGUUGAAUCGGUUAGAUGUAGAGAAAAUGUAACAACUGUCUUCGAAUGCAAACAUUCCAAGACACACGAAUGUUACAAAAGUAAUUCAAUUAAAUGUACUGACUCAUGCAGCAAAACUUGCAAAAAUGGCCACCAAUGUACGAAAUUAUGUCAUUUCCAAACUUCCUGUGAUUGCGAACAGCUUAUUAAAGUUGUUUUGGAAGGUUGCAAACACCAACAAAGUAUCCCAUGUUCAGCUGACCCUAAAGUGUAUCUGUGUACAUCAAUGGUGAAGAAAGUUCUUAAUUCAUGUGGCCAUACUCAGAAAAUAAAAUGCCAUAUAAACCCUGAAACUGUAACGUGUAAAUUUGCAGUCUUAAAGUAUUUGCCUGAGUGUCAGCAUAGGAAAAUGGUUUUAUGUUCAGAAAAUGUUUCCGACGUAAAAUGUACCACAGAAGUUAAGAUAAAAUUGGAAAAAUGCGGACAUUCAGCUAAAAUAAAAUGCUGGCAGAAAAGAAGUAUGGUUCUACCAGAUAUUAAAUGUUUAGAGCAUAUUACACACACGCGUGCCGACUGUGGACAUAAUAUAACUGUAUCAUGUUGGAAAAUAGCAAGUACAAAAUUAUCUCCAUGCAAGGUAGUCGUAGACAAGACACUUUCCUGCGGCCAUGUAAUAAAAGUAGCAUGCAGUAAUCCAAAAAAAGAAAAAUGUGAUCAAAAGUGUGAAAAAUCUAUGUCAUGUGGACAUUCUUGUUCGGGGCCGUGUCAUGCAAGCCGAAUAAAUGAUCAUAGUGAAUGUACAAGCCAAUGUAGAAAAAAAAUGUUGUGUGGCCAUACCUGUCAAAGUAAAACUUGCAUGAAGUGCAGUCCGUGCCAAAAGUCUUGCUUAUUUGUAUGUGCCCAUUCGAAAUGUCGUUCUAAAUGCAUUGAUCCAUGCAAGCCAUGCAAAGAGAAAUGUCCAUGGGAAUGUAAACAUUAUAAGUGUACCAAACUAUGCUUUGAAGAGUGCAAUCGCCAAAGAUGCAAUAACGUUUGUGAUAAGACGUUGUCCUGUGGCCAUCAAUGUCCUGGUUAUUGUGGUGAACCAUGUCCACUGAAGUGUGUUGAUUGUAAACCUGAAAUGUAUGUUUUUAAAGAUGUUACUAAAGAUAGCAUAAUUGUAACUUUGACACAAUGCCGUCACUCUUUUGACAGCUGUUAUCUCGAUAAUUGUAUGGAUAAAAUGAAGAAUGACUUAUUGUCAGAAUGUCCAUGUUGUGAUGCAACUAUAUGUUAUCAUCCGAGAUAUGAACGGAUUCUGAAAAGGCAGAAAAUGGCACUAGAAGAUGCCAAAAAAGAGGUUCAUAACGUACGAAUUAAUUCCAAAACGUUGUAUCCUGCGUGUGAUCCUGGAAUGCUAACAUUAUUCGAAGAGUAUACAACAAGCAUUGCGACAUAUCUUCAUGUUGUUCAGCACACACGGCGUAUAAAUGAGUUUGAACAGGAAUUUCAAGAUGCAGAGGAAUUGACCGAAUUUAUUCAUAAAGAUAUUGAAACAACACAAUCAACUUCAUUUAAAGAUAGCCUACAAUUAUCUGAGAAAAUAUACAAUUUGCAUAUCCAAUGGCUGUUGUGCCUUUUCACGACAAACCCAGAGUUAUUGGGCAAAUUUUAUAUUGCUGAUUGGUUUCCGGCAUGGGUAGAGAAGCCUGUGAGAAAAAAAUCAAAAGAUUUUCCUCCCGAACUAGUGGAGUCGAUUGAAAUUAUUUUCGAAGAAAAUGAUGGCAUAUUUACCGACAUGAAUGGUCAUCUCACAAUAACAGGUCACGAUAUAGUUGUAGUUGUACUCUUGAUGAAGAAAUAUCUAAAAAGAGAGCAGCUAAAUAAAAUAUUAAGACCGUUCAUUGCUGACAUGGAGGGCGAUGGAUACUUGUCAAAAACCAGAAAAUAUCCACAAUUGCAGAAUGUGGUUGGCAUACAUAGCAGCGAUUGGACAAUAUGUCAAAAUGGACAUGCUGUAUCAACGCUCAUGGACAGUUCGUGUGUGAUUUGUAAGGGAAACGAUAAUCAACAAACACAGUUCCAGUAUGAUGAUGGGCAACAUUUCGUCACACACGGACUGACAAAGCCAAAAAUCAAUAGAAAGACCCAGGUGGCAAAUGUUACAGGUAAAAAAAGUACUUUUUGUACAGACAAACAAGCUGAUUUUAGUGAGGACGUUGGGGAUAUGAAUUCGCUUCAAAGAUUUAAGAAUCCUUAUAUAAGUAAUAGUGAAAACUUCCGUGGAGACCGGGGACAAACUCGUAGAGGUCGUGGUAAAGGUAUGGAGAAAGCGAUGCAAGUGGUAACAACAAAUGAGAAAACAAGGAAACCUAACAAACCUGACAAAGUGCAUAUACCGCCAUCGUUAAAGUUACAUGUAGAAAAAGGCCCUAAGAGAGACCGAAAAGAUAAACAUAACGCACAGGAAGGUAAAAAGAGAUUUCAAAACAAGACCUCGGCUAGGGGUAGACCAAAUAAAAGGGAUGGUAGGGAUGAUAAUAAUGGUUCAAGUGGACGUGUCCAUGACCAGGAAGAUUACAUAUAUUAUAAUGGAAGAUCUGAUGGGAGAAGCGGAGAAUUUAAUACAGACGGAUAUCGAGACAAUAACCAUAACAGAGGAUAUCAGGGAUUUCGCGGCCGUGGACGAGGUCGUGGUGGAAGCAGGGGUCGUGGCAGAGGUCGUGGUGGUCGCCUAUAAUAACAAUCGAAUACUAGUAUUUUUACAGAUACGAACAUGUUUAUAAUAGUGUUAAGAACUCUUUGAUUACUAAUUCCUGUUUGUAAAAUUUGUAAAUAACUUUUCAUGAUACAAAGAGUUUAUAUUCAAUGAAUUGAACGAAAUCCUAAGGAUUCGUUAAGUUUUGUGGGAUACUAAUUUUUGUGGAUAUUGUGUUUUAAAAAAAAACGAAUUUGAAAGCAUUAAUCUAUAUCAAAUACGCAUAUUCUAUUAGUUUAUAUGUAGAAAGUUUCCAAAUCGACAAAAUCAAACUUCGACAAAAAUACAAUGUUUUCCUCAGUCUACCAAAAUUGAUACCCUAUGCUUUGUAAAUGAUGCAACGAUAUGAUUUUUCCUGAUUUAAACACAAUGAAAGUUCAAUAAGCCCUUGCAUUUAAAAAUAUAUCAGGUUAGGUUUUUUUUUUAGGGGGGGGGGGUUAAUUUUCGGAUAGUACACACUUUAUAUUUCGCUAAUUGAAAGUAUUUUACACACAAUAUCUCAACCUUACGACAGGUCAACAUCAAUUAACAUUAUCAUACGAGCAUUGAUGCCUGCUCAAUAUAUUUUUUAAAACAUUUUCUCAUUGUUUCAGUUGUAAAAUUUUGAUUUUUAUUAUCAAUAAUCACGGUGGCUCUCUAAAACAAAUCUAGACUGCAAUUAAACAUACACACAACAGAAGUUUUUUUUUUAUUUUCAAAACAUUGGUGCAUGUAGUUAAUCGAAACAGUCUUUCAUUAGAAUAUUAUUCAAAAAUGAAAUUCAGAAGCCAAUAUAAUUAUAUUUACAGGAAUUGGAGCAUGAGUCCUUUAAUUUGUGUAUUAAUAAGACUCGUUAUAAAGAAAACAAAUAUAAAAUAUUGACGUCGUCCUAAAGGUGCAUGAAAUAUUUACAACUGAAUGUUAAGCAACUAUAAUAGUCAAUCAUAUAUAUUAAUGAAAUUUUUGAGUUUCCAAUCGCUCAUCUCUUGCCUGUAAUAUACAUAUAUUGCCAUUGAUUUUAAUAUUUCAUUUUUUUCUAACAGUAUUUUAAAAAGUAGUUUGUUUAUAGCUCGGUGAAUUGUAUUAGUUUUUUUAUCAGUUUAUAUUAUGUAUGUCAAAAUCAUUUUAAAAUAUCACAAAUAUAGUUAAUAUGUACAUGCAAAAGCCCGAAAAGGCAAACAAAAACAUAAUUUUUUUGUUUUUAAUUAAAUCUCGGCAAAUUUAUAUAUUGAUGGUAGGUGGUUUUGAAUGGAGCCAUUUCUUUGAAGCUUAGAAUAUAAAAGUGUUAUAUAUUCUAGUAAUUGAAGCCGGAUAUCUAGCAGGGCAUAUGCCAAGAGCAAUGCUUUUUUUUAAAUAAUGUUAUUUUUUUUUCUAUGUAUAAAUUUUUUUUUUUUGGCAAUUCUUUCCGAACAAUAUAAUCAAGCCUUGAGAUAUUUCUCAAGAUUAAAAAACUACGUCUUAAUUAAAAGGCAGUUAAAGGUCAAACAUUUUUAGCUGAGCCCAUAAUACAUGCUCAAUGUUUCUGUGUUACCUACAGAAAACAUUUAUCAUUAUUUGAUUUUUGAAGAAAAAAAUCGUUGUUUCAAUGUAAUUGGUAGUGGUCCUAUAAUACUGUAGUUUUUGGUGUUUAGUUAUGUGAUGUGACCGUCUUUAUAUUUUAGUAAUAAUAAUAAUUUUUUAUUUAAACUAAACCCCCUUUUUCAACUGUGGUGUGUGCUUUUGAUGGAUAUAUAAAAACAUUCUAAUAUACUUUACUUUCUAAGUGCACUUAAAUGAAAUGAUUAAAGUUAACACUGACAUGUGAGAAAUUUAGUAUUAGUUUCAUAUUAGUUCGAAAAAUUUUCCAGGUCAAUACACAUGCAUCUUCAUCAGUGAUUAAUGCACUAUUUUAUUACCAGAUUCCUCUUAAAAAUUCUUUAAUAUUAAAUAAACUGAAUGGUUUUUUUCUUCAUUAUUACUCAUUAUUUAAAGCAUUACUGUGAAGUUUUGUCAUAAUCAGUUCAAUACUUUAAGAGAAAAUUAGUAUAAUGUAAGGCACCACCAUACAGCGAUUUUAGUAGUAAGAAUUUCUUCCAAAAUUCCAAAUUAAGCCGCAGCAUGAUAAAAUACAGCGUAAGCCAAGAAAUGAUCAAAUGCUCAUCUCAUCUGACAGUUGAAUAGCAUACAAAAGGAGAUUCUAGAAGAUAAACAUCUCUUAUUCACCUCUUUGUCUUCAUUUUUUGGUCAAUAUAUCCCUCAUCCUCUGCAAAAUUUGAGCUUUUUAAGCUUUCCCUACUAGAUCGAAAUUUUGGGGUUACUAUCACACAUAUAUGUAAGAAAUGUCAGUUUAAAUGAGUUAUUGAAGUGUUCACGAUAAAUGAGCCAUCCCUAUAAAAAAAGCACUGACUUUAUGGAGGUUUCCAUAAGUCCACACGUAAAACUUAACUUUAUGCCGUUUUUCAAAGAGAGACACAUACAUUUUGUAAUGGUUCGCUUUUAUUGAAUAAUUAAUUUGUUAGUGCUUUAGACAUCAUUUCAAUAACUUAUUACUGUGUAAUUCUUAAAGAUUUACGUAGAAAAAGUUUACUUUUAAAGCCCAAUAUAGGAAAUGCAGAGAAAGAGUCAGAAAAAACUCCCCAAACCACUAAAUAUAGCUUGCUCUGCCAACUAGUCAACUUAAGUUUCCAAAAUUCAAUUCAAUUCAAUAUAUUUCAUUGUUCAAAUAUCAAACGUCCAUUUAAACAAAGGGAUUAGACAAAAGGCAAAGAGUAUACAAAUCCUUUCCAAUACAAAAUGGAUAAAAUAUUAUGAUAGUAUAUAAUGUAUUUCUGAUAAUUCAUCAUAGAUCAUUCAUUAUUGCAGUAUGUCAGGGGAGGGAACCCCCAACUCUUAAAAUCUUUUAUUGGGUAUGCAUAUAUCAUAAAUAAUUAUCAGUGAACCCUUGCCUGUUCACUACUUAAUAAUGUCAAAUUUUAUACAAAAUCAAUAAGUAAUGGUAACGAUCAAAUAAACAUACAAUAUAUGAACAUUGUCGGAAAACAUAAAAUAUUUGUACGAGGUUUAGAAAUAGGACGAAAAGCGAGGCUCGCCGAGCUUUUCUCGUGUUUCGUAGCGAGUACAAAUACAUUUUAUAUUUCCGACAAUGUACAUAUAUUGUUUUUAUCAUGCAAUUUAAACCUGGCACUUGAAACUUUAGUUGUUAAAAUCCAAAUCAUUGUCUAAUUUUUCAAAGAAAUCGACAUAGUUUAAACGCGGACCGCAAAGAGGACCCCAAAAAGAAAUGUUACCCAAAAAGAUAUAUCCACAUUACCGCUUGCUCAACAUGGAAGCGGGAUAACAGGAGACUGUAUUUGUACAAGUACAAAUAAAACAAACAUGUAUUUGUUCACCUAUUAUUUGUACAUUAGUUGGCUGAUUGCAGGAUAAAAUCUUUUAAGUUAUUUAUAGUCUACAAAGGGUAAAAAUAAUCUGAUUUUUUACCAUAUAAUAAUAUGUGUGAUGCUUUGAUAGCUUAAUGCGAACUACUGUUUGAUUUUUUUGGUCUAAUAAACUAUAUAUAUAUUUUGACUCUUUCAAAAUUCAAGAGUCUAUUCUCAA